AAUAAAAGAAUGUUGGCGCCACGUGUCGUGCAAACCGUUCUUUUUUUUUUCUGCUUGGUGCAGUGGCAAUGGGUCUUCUCUGCGGUUUCCGCGGUGAAACUCCAGCCUGCGCUGCACAUAUCAAUAUGUAAAUAUGUCUGCGUCUGGAAACCUGUGAUGCUAAAACGUGGAUGACGGAACUACUUCCGAAUGCACCACGCACAGCAUGACAACUUUCCGGAACGCCUUCUCAUACGCAAUUCGCAUGAGAAACUGCCUUUUUGCAUGACAAAAGUGGCUCCGACUUUUGCUGGUUCGUUCUGCAAUACAGGUUCUCCAGGAAUGUAAAGCUAGCACUACAAGUUCCAUUUUUCCAGAGGAACCAGACAUAUUUGCACUCGAUAGCACACCUUUAUCACCCACAUGCACUGGUCCGCCAACAAAAAGGCGGCGGAGCAAUUGGAAAAGGCGAAAGCCACUGCCGCAGCGGGGAUGACCGACAGCAUGAUGAGCAGCGCUGCGAACAGCACAAGUUCGGUCGAUGUGUUGGGCGCGGGGAGAAUGAGGAAGAGCCAGGACAACACGAUCUACAGGCGCAACGAUGUUGUUGGUGACUUCGUGCGGGACGGUCGUGGAGCUACAGCGUGUAGUAGUACAACUUGUGAAGCUGCGCCAGCAACUACUGGAGGAACACCACCAGCUGCAGCGACUGGUGCCACCGUGAUAUGGAACGAUAAAACUGUGUUAGUGUAGGUGUCUUCGGGUGACAGCAUGACAAAUUUGUUCUGCAUGACACAGAAAUCCUGUCGUGCAGAAUUAGUACGGGAAAACACCUGUGCAAUAGGACUUCAUGGCUGGCUGGCAUGUUGACAAGUGUAACAGUGUUGCAUGCUUUGCAUGACAGAUUUACACUUACACAGUUUUUUUCUCGCAUAGGUGAGCGGCGCUCCGGUCGGGAGCAGUUCGUCCUCCACGGGCCCGGCGUCCAAUCUGUUUCAGCGGCAAUCGAAUUUCUACUCGUAUAAGAACAUAUCAAGUGCAAGAAUGUCUGGGUCUGGAAGAAUGUGAUGCGCAUUUCAGAACACAGAAAAAUCUCUGAUGCGUAGGCAGCAAAAGCUGCCCACUUUCUGUCACCAAAAUCAGGGAUUUGUCAUGCGGAUUCGACAUUGCGAACGCUUCGCGAAACCUGUGAUGCUAGAGCUUCCAUGCCAGACCUUCUGCGUCAUGAUGCAAAAACAGCAUGACUCUUUCAGACCCAGACACUUUUGCAUUUGAUAGAGCAACCUGCUCUACAACAGGCGUUCGGUUCUGGAAUCCAUGGCAGCCCGCACCGCGCGCGACGUUGCCCUGGUUUCCUCGUCAGCGCCGCACUCGGGCUCUGCUCGUACCACCAGUGCUGGUGCCACGCCGGAAAACAAGCAAGGGGAGGAACCCGAGAGGACGCGCGGUCCUGUUGUGCAAGAAGGAGCAGGAGUAGAUGUUGACUACGUGAAGCAACGGCCCGUGGCGGCGCACAACAAAAGCGGUUCAACAUCUCCUGGGGAAGAUUUCGUGCCGGUGAAAUACCUCGACAACGAGAGCGCGUCCUUCGAAGCCCCGGCCGCUUUUGAACGGUCCAUCUCGGAGCUUUCCACGGCAACGGGGGGCACCGGCGCGGGGAUCAUAUCCUGUGCAAAAAUGUCUGGGUCUGGAAGAAUGCGCGAUUUGUCAUGCAGCUUUUCCAUGACCCAUGAGGUCUGGAAUGCAGGGCCUAGCGUGACAGAUUCUGUGCGAUCUCUCUCAUGCCUAUCCUGCAUGAGAAACUCUCUCCAGAGUUGGCCAAAACUGGACGACCUUUGGUAACCAUGCAACACAGAUUUUUGCAUGCUUCAGAUUUAGCAUGACAAGUUGCAUUCUUCCAGACCCAGACACUUUUACAUUUAAUAGUUCAACGAACAUGACAACUUCGAACUCUACUUUUUUGAGCCGUAGGUAGAGGAUGUUAAUGCACCACCAAAUGACUGUGCUUUCCUGUUCGUCUGACGGGUACUAGGCGCACCCCUCUCAGUCAAAGGAUCGUAUGUACAGCGAAUGAAUUGUAUGCUCGCUGCAGUAGAAUUUACAGUCGUUUAAACAUCGUUCUUCCACCUCUCGACUAGUUACGAGGACACACUAUCUGAAAUUCACUCGUCCUCUGGCUCUUUCCGGUUGUGAUUUUAAAGAAUUCAGACCUCUAGAUAAUAGGAGCUGACAGGAGCACGCGAGCUCCUAUAAAAAUGCGAAUUGAGAAUACAGACUAGCGGUUCUCUGAUAAGUAUAAGCAGGUAAUCGAAAUAUACCCGCACUGCGAAAUAUGUUCAUUCCUAAACGGCGCUUCUCUAAAUACGCAUCCUACAUGUUGUGGUAUCUUCUCACUGAUUGAUGACUUUCUGCGAAAACAAAUUCAAACUUUCCCGCGUAGCUCAUUGUCUCUCGCAAGCGAUGCCUGCUGCUGCUGCAUCUGGUGCGUAAAGUUAUUUCGGCAAGGGUACUAAGACUAACAUAGAUACCUGGCUCUGGUGGUUCUGCCCCUUUGCGGCACUUAGUCUUCAUUGGUGUUUAGUUGUUCCUCUUUGACAUGAUGUUGCAACCCUGGAACAAAACCCG